AUGGAGGCGGGUUCGUCGAAGAAGGAGGAGAAGCAGAGGAAGAAGCUCGGGUUCCGCCGCCUUUUGCCCGGCUUCUUCUCGCCCAAGGACUCGCGGAAGGAUUACAAGAAGAAGGAGUCGAAGGAGAGGAAGAGGCCCGACGAGAGACACUUCGCCCGCUACCAGCAGAACGGCAACUACACGCGUUCCCCCGACACGAUGAAUCUGAACGAGGACAUAAAGAGGAACGUGAAGCUGGACAACAGCCUGAACGGGUCCAUAAUCGAGGAGAGGUUGGACGAGAUCAAGCGGGAGUUGUUCCCGGACCAAGGCCCUAUAACGAGCACCCCCGACCACCUGGCGCGCGACCACGAGGAGGAGGAUCGCGAGGGCCUUUUGCGCGAUCGAGGCGGCCAGCCCCGUUCCUACACCACCGACUCGAGCCUCAGCUCGAUCGCCCCCGACGAGAGGUGGAACGGCCAGCUCGGCAUAUCACCGGACAUAAGGAAAUUCGAGCAGAGGCAGAGGCGGGAGGAGUUUGGGCAGAGGUACGGGCAGCUUGAGCGGAAGCACAGUUUGCAGGAGGCGAGCAGGCAGCAGCCCAACAUUUUCCAGAGGAAUCACGGACCCUCGGGCAGGAUCUCGGCUCCGCCGGCCGAGAGAUACCUGCGAGAAGCCGGGGGGAGCGAGGCGUAUCCGGACGAGAGGGUGUUGUACGAGAACGAGUCGGGUUUGAUCCUGAAAUCGGUCUCUGCCCAGGUGAAGAUCACCCGGCAACCGAUAGUCAAUCAAAAUCACCGUGCCCCGUUGGUGGGCAGGUCGCCCAAGUACCUUUCCUCGGGCUCGAGCCAGAAGUCGGGCGAUUACGGCGGCGAAUCGAGCUGCACCCCCAACUCGAGCCAGAAGAGCGAGUUCUCGCCCACCAGCUCGAAGAGCGGCGAGUACUACCUCCACUCGCCCCGCAACAGCGGAUCGCCGAACGAGCGGCCCGACUACGACGAGGAAGAAGAAGAGCCUCGAAGAGAGGAGGAGGUUAUCUACGAGAACGAGAAGUCACCGGAGGCCGGAGGAUUGGUGGACGAGCGUAUCUACGACGAGACACCCGCCUCGAUCCUCGAGGAUCGAGACAAGAGGGUCCCCUCGUCGUCCCCGCGCAGGAGUCGUUCCAGGGAGGAGAACGGGGAGGGGCCCUCCUCGCCGACCGGGAAACCGAUCUCCCCGUUCGGGUCGCGGCAACGGUUGCCGAGAAGAGCGCAGCCCAACGAGCAGAUUCUGAUAGCGUCCCCGAAGAGGGACGCCCCGUACGAGACCCGAAUACCGAGGCCGUGCAACGAGUCGAGGCGAGGCUGCGUCGAGUCGCCCGUUCACAUGACGAGCACGCCUCGAAAACUCGCCAAUUCGAUCGAACCGGAUUCGGCACGGAGCGACGCCUCGAAAGGAUCCCCGCCGGGACAACAGGCUCGGUUGGAGGCGAUACCGCGCCCCGAGCCUGUCUACGCGCAUCGUGGUCAUCGGAACCCGGAAAUAGCAUCUCCACCAAGUCUCGAGAAAAAGAUGAAGGCGGGGAACAACGUGCAGAGAUGCAAAGAUGGGGAGGAGAGAGUGGCUUGGGUCCAGGCAUCCUCGUCCUCGCCGCAGAGAACGAGCGGCGAGACGGUUGUUGACUCGCAGAAGAUCGUUGACAGGUCGAUCUCCAGCUACGAGGAUCGUCGUCAGAAUCCUGUGAUCCCGGCCUCGCAGGUGGAAGCUCGGUCAUCGAAUCGAAAUCCGGAGGAGCAACGGAUCCCUCAGCAACAAGAUCAGAGGCAGGGAGGUUCGGAGGAUUCGCAGAGGAUCUGCGAAGCGAUGUGCGGGCAACGAACGAUAGGGCCCCUAUCACCCUCGAAACAAGAGACGCGACAGCAUCUGGAGGCCUUCUACUGGCAGCAAAAGGCGCUCGAGGCGCACCGAAAGUCCCUCGCGUCCCCGGUGAGCGAGAACUCGAAACAGAUGGGGCGAAAAAUUGAUUUACCGGAGGUGAGGGAGGCGGUGUAUUGGCAACAGCUCAAGAAGCUGGACGAGGAGCAACAGAGGCGUAUUUACGAGCAAAAUCUAAUCGAGGAGUCGUCGUACUGCAAGCCGAGGAGGGUAUCUCAGGGUAGACAGGGAUCUAUCCGAGGCCUUCCGUUGUUGGCCGCCCACGGAAAUCCAUCCUCGUGGAGUGGCAAUCUACGCAACUCGAAGGGGAAUCCCGCCGGGAAACCGCCGCUGAUGCAGAGUCAGAAAGGUCAGAACCAGCCGGUUCUCAUCGUCCGGCCGCAACAGGCGAUCCGUGAUCGGCGGGACAUGGUCCCCGCCGCCAAGCCCCUCGAGCCGGGGGCGGUGCACAGGUCGAAAAGCGCGUCGCCGCAUCUCCACAGAGGGGAGGGGCAGCCGGUUCCGCGGAAACUCGAGGUCUCCUCGAUCUACGAGGAGGAGGCGAGCAACGAUGCCGAUGGAAAAACCGACCCGCCUCCCCCGAUAUUUAAAAGAGGUAGCUUGAUCGGCGGUGAAUCGGUGGAAUACGGAAGUGGCAGCAGCGCGAAGAGAGUCAGCUUCUCGAAUCAGUCGGGUGUCGGUGGCCAGGACUUGGCAAGUGGAAGUUGGCCAACGAAACACGGCACUGCCCCGGAACCGCCGACUCGAAGGCAUCGAAGCGAGGACAGCGUGUCCGACACGGACUCGGUGUUUUCCUAUCCGGAUCGCCGCGAUCCUUCCACGCAUUGUGCGGAUGGGACCGAGUACGAUGCAGACAGGCCUCUUCCGCCUCUGCCCAAGGAUGCCAUCUCGGUAAACGCUGUGAGAUUUGGAAGAAGCGUUGCGUACGGAGAUACGCGUUACAACGUCGGAACGGAUCCUCGACGUGCCAUCAGCCCGCAGCGAGCGCUUCGACAGAAGGAGGAAGAGUGGAAUUCGGAUGGCAAGGGUCGACAGUCCAACGACAUCGGUGGGUCCGGCAGGGGGGAGGGUGAGGCAGGCUCGAACGAGGUUCCAACUGGGAGGAGAGGCGGCGGUGGCGGCGGCGUGGGUAGCGGAGUCGGUGGGGGCGGGGGCGGAGGAGGAAGCGUGCUGGGGGUUGGCGGAGGUGGCGGAAGCGGAAGCAUCGGGGGCGGCUCGGGGGGCAGAAGCGGAUCAGGGGGAGGCCGGUCGAGGGACGAGCCGAGGAGGCACACCCUCGGCGGCGAUCACCAACCGUCCCUACAUCAUCAGCAGUUCAACGCGGCCCAGCAGCUACACCCCCUUCAUCCCCAUCAUCUGCCGCCGCCACACGGCCAAUACGGUACGCCGCCCACGCGUCAUACCACCAUGGAUCUCGAGAUGGGGACCAAGUCUCGCCAGAGAAAGUCGCCUCUUCCGCGCGGGUACCCACCUCCCUCUACGACGAUGUUGUUCGAUGACGACCCGGGCAUCAUGUCCGAGGUGGAGACAUCGAGCACCGGAUUUCGACGGGGUGGCAAGCAAAGAAGCAGCCUCCCCGUCGUACGGACCCCCAGCAAAACUCUGGAGCGACCACUAGGUCUAGUGUUCCUGCAGUAUAGGAACGAGACGAAGCGGGCGCUCCUACCGAACGAAAUCACUAGCAUAGACACCGUUAAGGCUCUCUUCGUACGAAGUUUUCCCAAGCAACUCACUAUGGAAUAUCUAGACAGCCCCCACGUCAAGGUUUACAUACACGAUAGCAACAAGGACAUGUUCUACGAACUCGAAGAUCUCAGAUCGCAUCUGAGAGACAUCCGAGACCGAAGCGUCUUGCGACUGUUCGAGAGCACUGACGGUGUGACAGGGAUGCCAGGACCAUUGGGGAUACCAGGGACAGGGACGGGACUACCCCCUCACUGGGAGGACCAGAGCUACUUCAGCGAGCCGGAAUUCGACAGCGAAUACCAACAUCAGCAUAUUCACAAGAGCAAGACGGCGAAGAACUCGACUUCCGGGAAUAGCGGAUACUACGUUGGAGGAAGCAGCACUCUGCCACGAGGAGGACAACUAAUGAGGGCGUACAGUCCGGCGGCGUCGUCUGUGGUCGGAGGACCAAACGCGACGCCGACACAACCGAAACCUCUCGCCACUCCAGGUGGUGGCGGGGUGCCGCCGGCCAAGCCGCUUCGCAGCUACCAGUGUGGUAAGAGUCCCCUUGGAAGCCUGGGGGGCUCGGCUCGCUUCUCUAGAGACAGCUCGGUCUCCCUCUAUAGUAUAGCAGAUCGAUUGCAUGGGGAAAGCGGUUAUAUGAGCAGUCCCGAAAGAGGUGGAGGAGUUGGCUCUGGAUCGGGAAGAUACCCACCCGGCCCUUACAGCGCCGGAAGCAGCUACGAGGACCCGUACUAUUCGCAAUAUUCGGGAACCGUGACACCUGUCAUUGAUGAGGAAGCCAGCGAUACGGAGCUGUUGGAGGAAUCGUACAGCCUUUACGGUGUGAAACCGCCAGGCCGUCCACCGUCCGGUCCUCCGCGAUCUCCGUUUCCUCCAGGGGCACCACCACCUUUGCCACCUGGUAGUCAGAGCUACGACGCUACUCGGAUAAGGGUAGAACACAUGGAGAGACAGUUGGCCAACCUGACAGGACUAGUGCAGAAAGCUCUCACCCAUGCACCGCACACGAGUCCAUCGCCGCGUGAUUACUUGCAAGUUCCCGCGGGACGUGAUCCUUACGCGAGAGGGCCAGGCGCCGGGGACGAGUUCGACAAACAUUCUAGCUCCAGCUCUGCCUCAUUGCCAGUGUCUCAACCUGCCGUUACAGAUGACUCGUACUUAAGGACUGACGUAAAACCACCAAAGUUAGGCAAAGACAAGUCGGUGUCGUUUGAAAAAUCAGUGUCCUUCAGUGAUGAGCCUCCAGACAUGAAUUCUCCCAAGCAACAUUCCCCGCAACACGCAGCGGACACAAAACCAACGAAACCGGCGAUCAAAUCCUCCACGUUGCCGAGGAUGUCUUCGCAAGAGAGAGACAGGCAUAAACCUACUCCGCCGCCGAAACCGGCCGCGCUGGUUGCCGGCCAAUACGUUUAUCGGGACAUGGCUUUGACACCGGAAAUGUACAAUCAACUGAGAGGCUUGCAGAAAAAGGCCAAGGAUCUGAGGCAAGAAGUUAGGAACCUGAGGCGCAUGUCUCAGGCUCAGGCGCACACCAUACGGGAGACCAUUUUGGAUACGUUCAUCACCAUCAGAACAAUGUUGCUGUCGUGCGGCGACGCAGCCUGGGACGCGGAGAAGAUUCGACUAAGCCGCGAGGAGGACCUCUACAGGCAAGAGAUGUUGAGGCUGGUAAAAGAUCUAACCGAGCUGGAAAACACGGUGGAGGAACUACGUGGCAAUGUCAUAAAUAGAAAGACGAGAGUGAACAUGUCGGAUGUGGAGAAUAUGGCCUUGAUAAUGAGCAAAUCUAGCAAAACGGUAGCGGAUCUAAAGGUGCGAUUCCCAAGUUUACAAGAGGGUAUGAAAGGUUUGUUGAGCUCGGAAAUGGAGAUGGUUGUGCGGGCGGAAAAGUUCCUCAAGGAAGAACCAGAACGAUUGGAGUCGGCGUUGAAACGUUGCAAAAAGCUCACAAGUACCCUCGUGACGCUCAAACGUUUGGCGUCGGUGCAAGAGCAGCGAUUACCAAACGCAGCGGCGAGCAUAGACGCCGAAGAGACGCCACCAAUAACGCCAACCUCUGCUCAACAUUCCAAGGCAGUUGCCCCUGUGCCAGCGGAACGCACUGUCGUGGGGUCAGCGAGCGUCAUCGGGGGAGGGCCCCACACUCACGAACCACCCACCACCCAUCAGCAGCGUCCGGAGAACGCACUCGACGCUCUGUUAGACGAGCUGCAGACGUUCUCGAGGCCAAGCUCGCAACUCGGCCACACUCAAGGAUCCUCGACCAUGCUAUCGGAACUGGGCAGGUCGGGCAGCAGAGGAGACGCGACUGGGGCAACGGGUGUUGGAACGACUGGCCGACCGCCAUGUAUCUCCGAUAUAGGAAGGAAAGGAAGCGUAGACUCGACGAGUGGAAUUUUGCCAAGCGGCGGGACACUGGUGCCUGUUGGAGGGCCACAGACCACAGGUGGAACGCUACGUAGAUUGCACUCUUAUCCGUCUAGCUCGGACACAGACACGUCACCUCCUAUAGCGAGACUGCAGGUGUCGCUGCAGGAACAACCGAGUUUGCCUACAUUGCCGCAAGGGUUCAUCCCGGGACAGAAGCCACCGGUGCCCGAGCGAAACGCAGAAUUGCUUCAAUUGGCCAGCGCAAGAAGGGUCCCACCCCCACCACCGCCGCGUACUAGUUCUAGAUCUCCAUUGGCUAGCCCGACCAGUCCUCAGCUGCCACCUAGAAAUCAUUCUUGCAACUUACAGAGCGCGAAUGCAACGCUGCGGAGGCCACCGGCACGCGGUACUCUACCCGUCAAAGAAGGAAAACCUCCGAUGGCCCUGCCAACGGAGCAACCAGGUACUGGAUUGGGUUCCACGCUGAGUUCCACAAUCGGCUCUUCACUGGAAACAACGUCGAGCCCGGUGCUUCACAAUAAUUCAACCAGUUCUCAAUCAUCAGCCGUGCUAUCCACCAGUAACUCGAGUUCCUGUGAGAGUGUAAACUCGCAAGAGGGUCUACAGAGCAAAAAAGGCAGACAGGAGCAACUAGAGCAACGGCAUCAGGAACUGCUGCGUAAACAGAAAGCUCUGCAAGAACAGUACGCGAGACUCCAACAACUGCAGAGGAACACCGCUGGCCUGACCACCGUCCCGCCUGCGCCGCCAGAUCUCUUGAAAAAGACGGGCUCGGAGAGCAAUCUGUUGGCCAAAAUGGGCCUAGGACUGAGCACCGCCAGCUCGGGCUCUUUAACAAGUCUGACCGUGAAACCCUCUAUUCCUCAGGAGGUUUCUGUGGAUAGUCUGCGAACGCGACAGGAAGAGCCAAAUGAAUAUCAACCGGUGUCGACCACGAAUUCGACGUCCAACAUAGAAAGUGGCAGCACUACAAUGGCCAGCACAAGCGAAUCGAGCGACAGUCAGCAGAUCACUAGCGUAAUUUCUGUGGGAACCGCGAUCGUUUCCACUGCGGCGUCAACGUCUGGUAACAAUAACGCGAGUACGACUACCACAACUACUACUAGUAAGAUCUACGAGACAGAUAUUCUGUGACCGAGAAGCCGAUCGUUGCUCGAAUCGAGCGUUAAAGUGGCCGCUGAAGUCGUGCUCGCGAGUUAACCGCGUUAUUCCUCGAACCGUGGUCAGAAUUUGGCGUGAAUAGAAAGAGAAAUAAACGAUAAAACUCGAGGUGAAAUAAAUACGAAUUAGGUUUUGGAAAAGCACGAAAGACGAAAGAUAUUUCGUUCGAAGGUUAGUUUGCGACGAAUCGCGAAAGACGCGCGAUCUUGUCAGCUGGAAAGUAGAGUACAGCAUAGAGAAUUUAGCGAGUCACGCGUAAUUUAUAAUAUCGAUUAUCAUAAUUAAUAAACGAUAUAUAGUAUUAAUAAUCGUAAACGAAAAGCGCAAUCUCUCUCUCGGAACGCAUAAUCCGGACGCAUAAUAAUAAGCGAGGCUGAGAGUGGUCUUCUCGUCACCUUUACUUGCGAUCAUUAAGAAUAGAAAAAAAAAUUCGAUGGUUCGAAGAUCGAGUUCCUGGCCGCAAGAUAAUAGAGAAUAUCGUCGAGCGUAUUAACCUUAAUUGGGACGACGAUUGUGCCAAAACGGAGAGCGAAAGCCACUGAUCAUAAAAUAUCAAACGACACGAUUUGUCAUCGACGCUCUCUUUCCUCGCGUUUUCUUCUCGAGUUCCAUUAAGCUUCAUUAACUUUCCCACGAGCAGACAAACCCGACAGUCGCUAUAAUCGGGGGAUUGUCGAAUUAUCAUGCAUACUUAUGAAUAUAUCUUAACUAUAUCUAAAAAAAAAAAAAAAAAAAAAACGAAUAAAUUAUAUACAAAAAAUGCAGAAGUAAGAAAGAAGUUUCUAUAUAAAUGAAUAUUUAAACGAAAUAUAGUUAGAUAAAUAGAAGAACAGCAGAUAAAAAGAGCGUAUUACGCAAAAACGCUGUAAUGUAAACUCAAGAGCGUUUAUUCCUGUUUGAGAUCGGUUAUGAAGUUGCACAAAGUGUUAACGAACGCGCUAACGAAUGAGCUACACGCGUAUCUCUCUCCAUAUAUUUACUUGUAAGUCACGGUGUGUGAAACAUUCUUCAUGUGUUUCUAAGUAGCUUUGAUCGGAAGAAGAUAUAACCUCGAUUGAAAACACGAAGAAUGGAGAGCGAUCGUUUCUCGUGUCGGUCAACGCAUAUUAAUUAGCGUUAAUCUUCGAAAGAUCGAUUUUUUCGACGGACAAUGGCAAGAUUGAAAGGAACAUUGCUCAAUAUUUACCGAUCGAAAAAUGCAUCGAGUGUUUGCGACGCGCACACGGCGUUUUCAUACCGCUUCGCAAUUCGUUCCAAGAUGCGUGCAAUACUUUUUUCUUUCGAGAAAUUCAACGAAAUCUCGUGAAAUCAAAGUGUGAAUUAUUAUUUAAUAUAGUACGCGUUUUCUCGAAUCGAUCGUUUACUGAUCGCUUUGCGAACUUAUUGCCAACUUAUCGCUUCGCCGAUCGAUCGAUCGACCAAUCGAAUCUUAACAUUUCUAAUUGGCACGUUUUUGGAACGAUUCUACGGUCAACGUCGCGCCACUCGCGCCAAAUGUUCAUUCCUAAUUCAAUUAGCUGAUUAAAUUGAUUCGCUUGAAUCGCGUCAAUUCGUUGAUAGAGCAUGUCGCAAUUGUCACGCGCAACUCUCAAGUUUCUGUCAGCCUUUGAAAGACGUCUUGAUUUCUUUGUAAAGAUAUUGGCGUUAAACGGA